GGGAGGCGGGCGGCCGGCACCGCCCCGGCCGACAAAAGUCCCUUCAGUUCAGCCGGCGGCAGGGGAAGUCCCGGCGCCCGGCGCAACCACCCUCCCGUGCCGCCGAGCCGAGCCGCGCUCCGGCCGCCCGCUCGGCCGCCGUCCCCGGCGGCCCCAUGCCCCGAUGCCCCGCAGGGGCCAUGGACGAGGGGCCCGUAGACCUGCGCACCCGGCCCAAGGCCGCCGGCCCCCCGGGCGCCGCGCUGCCGCUCCGCAAGCGCCCGCUCCGCGCGCCCUCCCCUGAGCCCGCCGCCCCCCGCGCCGCCACGGGCCCGCUCGUCCCCCCGGAUCCCCUGCGCGGCGGCUCCGACAUGCCGGCGGUCCCCGCGCCCCCCCACGGCCUGGCCCGGCCUGAGGCGGUUUACUACCCUGGACCUAUACUGCCCCUGUACCCCACCCCGACCAUGGGCUCCCCCUUUCCUCUGCUGAACCUGCCUACGCCCCUGUACCCCAUGGUGUGCCCCAUGGAACAUCCCCUGUCGGCUGACAUCGCCAUGGCAACCCGUGCAGAUGAGGACGGAGACACGCCACUCCACAUCGCCGUGGUGCAGGCCAAUCUGCCAGCUGUGCAUCGGCUCGUCAACCUCUUCCAGCACGGGGGCCGGGAGCUGGACAUCUACAACAACCUACGGCAGACACCCCUCCACCUGGCCGUGAUCACCACAUUGCCGUCGGUGGUCCGGCUCCUGGUGAUGGCCGGUGCCAGCCCCAUGGCCCUGGACCGCCACGGCCAGACGGCAGCCCACCUGGCGUGCGAGCACCGCAGCCCGACCUGCCUGCGGGCCCUGCUGGACAGCGCGGCCCCAGGCACGGUGGACCUGGAGGCCCGCAAUUACGACGGGCUCACUGCCCUGCACGUGGCCGUGAACACCGAGUGCCAAGAAGCCGUGCUGCUCUUGCUGGAGCGCGGCGCGGACAUCGACGCGGUGGACAUUAAGAGCGGCCGCUCCCCGCUCAUCCACGCCGUGGAGAACAACAGUCUCAGUAUGGUGCAGCUGCUGCUCCAGCACGGCGCCAACGUGAACGCGCAGAUGUACUCGGGCAGCUCGGCGCUGCACUCGGCGUCCGGCCGCGGGCUCCUCCCGCUGGUGCGCACGCUGGUCCGCAGCGGCGCCGACAGCGGCCUCAAGAACUGUCACAACGACACGCCACUCAUGGUGGCGCGCAGCCGCCGGGUCAUCGACAUCCUGAGGGGGAAAGCCACGCGGCCUGCGCCCGCAUCACAGCCGGAACCCUCGCCCGACCGGAGUGCCACCACAUCCCCGGAAAGCAGCAGCCGCCUCAGCUCCAAUGGUCUUCUCUCUGCAUCUCCAUCCUCCUCACCCUCCCAGUCUCCCCCCAAGGAGCCCCCAGGAUUCCCCAUGGCUCCCCCCAAUUUCUUCCUUUCCCCCUCAUCUCCACCUGCCUUCCUGCCCUUUGCUGGGGUCCUCCGAGCCCCUGGCCGGCCGGUGCCGCCCUCCCCAGCUCCAGGAGGCAGCUGAGAGGGAUGGGGGGGCAGAUCUCGAACUCGUGAGGAGGGACCUCCCUGCCCUGUGGGGUCAACCCUCCUGGAAACUGUGAAGACCUUACUCUGCCCCCCCCCCCAAUUUCGGGACCAGGAUUUGCACAGAGGCACACACACACCCCCGUAAGACCCUCUUCUGAACAGAUAGGCUCCCAUGUCGGCCCCCCCCACCCGCCCAGGACUUACUCCUCUUAUUCUCAGGCACCUGUCUCCUGUCAGGAAUUCUCCCCAAACGUCCGUUUCCUUCUCUCCCAGAGCUGAUGGAACCAGGGAUCAGCCACUCCCCUCGGCGUUCUGCCACGACCGAUGAGGAGGGAGAGACGGGCUGUAGCUGGGCACUGAUAACAAUGUAAAUUAUUAGGCAUUUUGGUUGGAUUUCUUUUGUAAUAAACUAUUUUUGUACCAUA